AUGAAAAAUGCAUUGUCGACGAAAGAUGUUGACAAAAUGUCUGUCGACGAUAGUUGUCGACGAAAUGUAAAAUCCUAUAAUUAUGGUGUACCAACAAAUAAACAUCAACGAAAUACUCCUCAUCAUGUUCAUUAUCAACAUGAGAAAAAUUCAAAUCAUGCUUCAGUAUUUGUUCCAUCAUCACAUAGUACAACAGAUAUAAUCUCUUAUGCUAAACCAGCUGAAAUAUAUGUAUUUGCUCGUAAACGACCAUUAUUGUCAAAUGAAAUUAAUUUUCAUGAUACAAUAUCAGUACCAGAUAAUAAACGUAUAAUUAUUGCAGAAAAUAAAGCUAAUCUUGAUUGUACACAACUCCUUAAAAAGAGUGAAUUUCAGUUCGAUCAAGUAUUUGGUUCUGAUGCAUCAAAUAAACAAGUAUUUGAAUGUACAGUUUUACCAUUCAUAACAACAAAUCAUCUUCAGAAUUUAACAUAUAUUUGUUUUGGUCAAACAGGAUCUGGUAAAAGUCAUACAAUAUUUGGUAGUAAAAAUACUGAUGGUCUACUUAUCUAUUGUGCACAAUUACUUUUACAAGAAGUUAAUUUAAAAAAUAAACUUAUUUGUUCAUUUUAUGAAAUUUAUAAUAAUCAACUUUAUGAUUUAAGUCAUACUGGAAAAAGAUUAUUUGUACGUGAAGAUAGUGGUCAUUCUGUUAAUAUAGUUGGUAUAACAGAAAUUGUUUUAAAAAAUUUAGAUAUUUUACGUUCUGUUAUUAAUGAUGGUCUUACAAGACGACAUCAUGGAAAAAGUGCAUUCAAUACAAAUUCAUCACGUUCACAUGCAAUUUUUCAAAUAAUAUUAAAAAAUACUUAUGAUCAAGCGGAAAAUUUUAAACUUGUUUUUAUUGAUUUAGCUGGUAGUGAACGUGCAACAGAUGCACAAAAUAAUCAACGACAAACACGUCGUGAAGGUGCACAAAUAAAUUCAUCAUUAUUAGCAUUAAAAGAAUGUAUUCGUUCAAUGGAUAUGACACAUUUUCAUGCACCAUUUCGACAAAGUAAAUUAACACAUAUAUUACGUGAUUCACUUGUUGGUACGAAAACUCGUACAUGUUUAAUGGCUAAUGUUUCACCACCUGAUGAUUGUUGUCAAUGUUCAUUAAAUACUCUUCAAUAUGCAUCACGUAUUCGUGAUAUUAGUAUUAGACAUCGACAUCGAUCAAUGCCAAUGACAAAUAUACAAAGAAAUUAUUUUCAUGAUGAUCAACAAGAUUAUUCAGAAAAAUUGAUAAUUAGAGAAGAACCACAAAGAAAUUUUGAACCAGCAACAGCAUCAACACCAGUUCAUCGACUUAUUUCAUCAGUUGAUCAUCAAACUUAUAUGGCAACAAAUCAAAUAGACUUCGAUACUCGUAAAAUGACAACAACAACAGAAUCACCAACUAUUGAUUGGCAAAUAGUAGAUGAUGAUAUACCGAUAAGUGGUAAUAGUGAUAAUCUACGAAUAAAAUCUGUUCUAUCAUCAACACGUGAAUUUCUUGUUAAUACAAAUCCUAACAAUCAAAAUCAAAGUAGCAGUUUUUAUUUAACACGUUAUGAACAACAACGAAAAAACAAACAUCAUCAAGAUGAAAGUCCAUCAAGUUAUUUUCCAUUACCACAAACUGAUAUUAAAAAAUCUUUACCAAUUCAAAUAAAUGAUAAUAAAACUACACAACAAUGGAAAACAGUUCCAGUACCUUCAAAUCUUCCAACACGACGUCUUUCGGAUUCAUCAAUUGAACCACCAAGUUCAACACGUAUAAUACCAAUAGCUCCGAUACAAAUGUCAGAUGAUAAUCAAUACAGUAGUACAACAGGUACAGAAAGUCUUGGAACUAAAAUAACUAAAUUUGCCACUGCAACUCAUCAUUAUAAAAAAACUACUAAACAGAAUGGUCCUGUUGAAAAUUUAAAUUUCAAUAAGCAAUCGGAUACAUAUACAACAACAACAAUAACAACAGAUACUGAUCAAGGUCUCUAUUCUGAUCGACAAGCAACACAUAGGGAUCAAACUGGAUUUUUCAGUAAUCGUGACGAUCCAUUAUAUUCAAAUGAUCUUAAACCCAAUAAUUUAACAACAAUAACUCAACGAACAUCACCAACAGCAACACCAAAAAAUACUUAUCAUAAAUCUGAUAUUAUAUCAACAUCAUCGAAAAAAUCAUUUUCAUCACCAAAUAAAACUCAUCAUCGAAAUCGUCAUAGAAAACCAUCCCCAACACCUUCAUCAUCAUCAUCAACAACAAUUAAUUUAACAAAUACAAAUAAUGAAAAGCCUCGAUAUUCAUCAUCAAAACGUCAUCAUCGAAUAGUUCCAUAUCAUAUUCAUCAUAGUUCUGAUUCUGAUGAUAUUCAACAUAAUAGAAAAACAUAUUCAACACGUAAUGAAGCUUGUCAAACAAUAAAUAAUAUUCAUAUUAUGAAAAAUGAACAAGAACAAACUGAUGAUCAAUUGUUACUUGAACAAUUUUCUGAUCAAACAUCAAAUAAUUUUAUGCAAACACCACUUGAUCAAAUAAAACAUCUUUAUGAUGAAAAAUUAUCAACAUCAACAUCAUUUAGUAAGUCAUUAUUACCUAUGACAAUUCUCUUCGACAAAUAUCCAAAUAGAAAUGGAAUUAUUCCAUUAAAUAAUCAUUCAAUAAAUUUUCGACGUAGACGAACUGAUUUAACACCUGUAAUUAAAUCAUAUCAACCAUAUGAUGAUAAUAUUUAUCUUCCAUCACCAAAAAAUUAUGGUAUACGUGUCACGGAUCAAUUAAAUACUUUACGUACAUUAUUAGAAAAACGACUUACGGAACAAGAUGAUAUGAAUUAUCAAACAAAAGAUUCAUCUAUAUUACAAUCAUCACCAAAAACAUUUACGAAAGAAUUUCUUCAAUCAUAUCAACAAUCAAUAUAUAAAAAUAAUUCAAAUGAACUUAUUAGUGAUCUUGAUGAUGAUGAUGAUGAUAAUAAUAAUAAUAAUGAUAAAAAUCAACAAAUAAAAAGAAAUUUUAAUUAUUAUGAUCAAACUAAAAAUAAAUAUCAAUCUGAUAUUUCAUCAACAUCAACAGCAUCAUUAAAUCAACACGAAUAUUUAUUAGAUAAUCGUCGGCAAUAUGAUUCAUCUCUUUCAGAUGAUAUUAAUCAAACUAAAAUUAAUGUAAAUUCAACGGUUUCAUCAUCAACAACAACAAUUACAUCAAAUUUUCCAAAUAAAAUUAAUACACAUGAAUCACAAGUAUUAUCACAUUCUAUUAAUGGAAUUAAUGCUGAUCAAUCUACUAAUAAAACUCAUCAUGCAUCUAUAAUUAAUAGUGAUGUCAUAGAAAAUAUUCGUAGUCCAACAAGUGAUACGAAACGUACAUCUGAAAUAAAUUCAACAUUACAAAAUCGAUAUAUUGGUACACCAUCUGGAGAUGAUUCAAGUACAAUUAGUUCACGUUGUCGUUCACCAGUUUUCAUAUCAUCAUUAAAUACAUUCGAAAUAACAAAUGAAUUUAAUAAUGGUCAUGAUCAUUUAAUAGAUAGUGGUAAAAGUAGUUCUCUUCUAGCAGGUACAUCAUUUGAUGCAUUAAUGAACAGUCUUAAAAAUAUGCGUGAAAAAGAUUUAGAUUUUAUUAUUCAUAAUAGCGAUGAUAGUUUAAUUCGUGUUACUGAUUAG